AUGAUUAUUAUUAAAGUUCGAAACGAAUUGAUUGAUAAAAAUUCAAUCCAAUUCAACUUUGAAAUGGUUUCCUCUGGUUAUGGAUCGGAUCAGCUGACAAUAACUACACGAACUGGGGAGACUCGAACGAUUGGUUUUCCCGGCUGCUACAAUAUUCAAUUAAGUUUUCGCCUGAAUCGUCCUCUAAAGAAUCCAUAUGUGGAAGCUUUUCUUCAAUUAGGCACCAACAUUCCAUGUGAAUCAGAAGCAAGUCGUGGAGUCUCAAACUUCUGCACCAAUAUUACUCAAUCUAAUUGGUGUCCUCAGAGCACCAACGAACAAUUGAGGAGACUCCUAAAUGGCAAAAAAACAUGCCGAUUUUGUAAUCUCUGUGAUAACAUAAAAUCCAAAGAGGGAGAUGUAAGAAAGUACAUUACAAGUUAUGGAAGCCAGGAAUGUCGAACAGACAAGCAAUAUCAAACGCUUAACUUCAGGAAAGAAUUUCGUGAUCAGAAUAAAGAACAUGAAGAAAAACUUGAGGAGUAUUGGAAUUAUCUGAAACAGGGCGUCUUGACAGCUGUGGUUCAUGUCACUGACCGAGCAGUGGUAUCAGAAUCAAAACGUUCACAGUGUGAACGACUCUGCUCCACGUAUUCAUCGCAACGUGGAGUAUCAACAGCGUACAAAUCCACCUUGUUGAAGUCAAUUGAAAAUAUGUGUAAUCCAACGGAUACAUACGUCGCCUGUGUCUAUCAUACAAUGAAGUUUGAUGUUAAUGGUGAAUUUGCUUAA